GGUCUUCUGCAACAUGGGAAAGGAGAAGGCAGACGAUAAAGGAAGUUGCUGGCCACAGGAGGUGGAGAUGGGGAGGUCCUGCCCACACUCAGUCCUCCUCAUGAGAAGACCGGGGGCUGUGUGCCUCUGCACCCCGAUUCUCUCCUGAGUCCUGAGCACCCCAGGGCCCCUCCGCAGGGCCUGUUCCUCUCCCUGAUGGCUCUGCUGCUCUCAUUUCCUGGAGGGAACCAGGCCGUGGCUGGGCUCCUGCUUCUGCUGCUGCCAGCAUCACGUCUGCAGGCUGUGACUUCAGAUUCUCCCCAUCCUUCAGCAGGAUCCAACAGAGUAAAUGACUAUGGGGUCAACCAACCAGCACACCUCUCUGGUGUCCAGGGCGGCUCCAUCGAGAUCCCCUUCUCCUUCUACUUCCCCUGGAAGUUGGCCAAGGAUCCACAGAUGAGGAUUCUCUGGAGAUGGAAGCACUUCCAUAGGGAAUUUAUCUACAACUCCUCCCCGCCUUUCAUACAUGAGCAUUUCAAGAACCGUCUGGUAUUGAACUGGACACAGCCUCAGACAUCCGGAGUCCUCAGAAUCCUGGACUUGAAGGAGGAGGACCAGACAGUGUACUUCUGCCGAGUUCAUCUGAACACAAGAGAAGGCACGGAGAGGGUACAGUCCAUUCAGGGGACCAACGUGACCAUCAUCCGUGCUGUCAGAACCACCAUGCAGAGUCCCUCCAUCGUCACCCCUGACGUCACCACAGCUGGUCUGGAGGACACAGAGGGCCAGAGGAAUCCUUCCCUCGUAAGCCUGGGAGCCACGGUCGGGGUGGUGGUGGCCACGGCUGUGCUCAUAACCCCCGUCUGUGUCUUGACGAUCUUCCUCUGCUGGAAGCGAAGGCCAGCAGCCUAAAGCCCAAACCCCAGCCAGGUGAGCGCCCGUCAUCCCAGGGAGCAGGUACAAGAAGAGAAGACACAGUUCUAUCAUGGAGGCUCUCCUCAGAACCCAGAUCAUCAUCUCUGACUCUGUUCCUGAGAGACCAACUGUGCCCUUCUCUGCCCAUGGAGUUGAUAACACUUUCUAGUGAAGGUCUUCCUGCCAGCAUCCAUCUCAGUGCUGUUCUUGAUCCCCUGCCCUCCCCCUGUGAGACGUCCUAGAGAGCAGCAGAUCGUGCCCAGGAGCAGGGACAGGGACAGAGUCAGGGACCGUGGUCCACACUGAGCCCCACUCCAUGAGGAUCCUGGUUCCUCUCUCCUUACUCCCUGGUCACUGACAUCCCAGCCACAGCCCCUGACCCCUACACGCUCUCCUCAGGUGACAGACCAUGCUUGCUUGGGUCCCGUGUGGGCUUCCUUUCCUCACAGGCCCGUCUACAUGCAGUCGCUCUCCUUAUUCCCGCCAUGUUGGUAUUCUGUCCUCAGGGUCUCCCUGUCUGUCUUCACAUUUGAUUCUCAGUGGGUCAGCUCUACCAAGAGCCUCUGGGACAUAAGGGCAGCAUCCAGACUCAGCAAUAAGAAUGAAAUCCUGGAUGUCCCACAGCCAGAAGAGGUGCAUGGACAUUGUGUGUGUUUGUCAGUAAUUGGCCUCAUGAGCUUAUCAUAGGAAGUGGCACUAUUAGGAGGCUUAGUCUUGUUGGGGUAGGUAGGGUCUUGUUGGAGAAAGGGUCAUUGUGGUGUGGUCUUUGAAUUCUCCUAUGCUCAGGCUUCUUUCAGGGUAGACACAGUUCACUUCCUUUUGCCUGGAGAUCAAAAUAUAGAACUCUCAGCACCUCCAUCACCAUGAGUGACUGCAAGCUGCCAUGUCCCACCAUGACGAUAAUGGACUAAGCCUCUAAAAAUGUAAGCCAGCACCAAUGAAAUGUUUUCCUUUGUAAGAGUUGCCUUGGUCAGUGUCUCUUGACACAAUAACAACAGGCAUGCAUGAGUGAGAUCCGCCAAUCACGGUCCUGCAUGGACGCAGCUCCAGGUCCACCAGAGAAAAUCCCAAAUGGGUCUUGCUGAGUCAUUGGGGAAAGUGUCCCGUCCCCAAGAGACUAGUUGAAGAUGGAGGGGUCAUGGAGAAGUCACCAAGGCUCCCCAUGGCUAAAGUGAAGUCUCCUGGGGCAGCUGUCAGAUGUCUGCAGUGACGUCACUGGAUCCGUGACUCCUGAGGCUGAACUCAGCGACAACCAUGGUCACAGUGAUAUUGGCAGCUGGGGUGGUGUCUCUGAGCUUCCCUGAGGAGUUCACACAAGUGGGCUGCCAUGAUGAUGGUCUAGCCAUCUAAAGAAGGGUUUGGUCCUCAUCUUCUUCCUCCAGACGGCAGGGCACAGAAAAGGAACUUCAUGGGUGGGACACAAAUGGCCAUGUGACUUACCAUGUCAGUUUCCAUUGUUCAAGGGUAGGAACACAAAGGAACCCACAGCAAAGACUUACACAGAACCAACGUUCUUAGCAGUUAGCUCAAUUCCCUCAAGGGGAAGGAGAAUUAUAGUCUGACUGCAGGGCAGACCUGGGUUCUAGCCUGGCUACAGGAAUCUGGGAUUUGUGUCACCUGGGCUGAGCCAGGCAGUUAAAAGAAGUACUAGAGGAAGCCAGGCAUGGUGACAGAUGCCUGUGGUCCCGAUGAUUGACAGUAGAGAUGGCAAGACCAGGAAUUGGAGACAAUCAUUAGUACAUAUUGAAUUUGAGGCAAGCCUGGGCUACAUGAAACCCUGUGUCUAAACCAAGAAAACAGCAAAGGUCACCAAAACUGCAAACAGCACAGAGAGGCCAUGGAGGCUGCUCAUCUGUGACUUCACUCUGGCUGGAGACAGAGAACUUGAAGACGUCAUGAGUUUUCUCAUUAGAUUCAAUUAAACAAAUAUUGUGACUAUUCAUAUUGUCUUUUAAGUAAUACAUAUACUGUUGAAGAAGAAA